UUAGAAUAUUUCCUGUCUUUUUUUGGACGGAACUCCAUCACCGUUGAAAUCUCAAGCGAGGAUGGCUCGGUUUUUCCAUUUCUCCGGCAUUGAUACUCCAACUUCGAAUGUGGCCAAAGAGGGUGUUUCCAAGGAGAGGAACGAUGUAUUUACAAAAUGUGUUAAUGACUGUGUGGAGCUUCUUGAACUAAUGGCAAUGCAUAUGUUGAAAACAAAUGUCGAGGCUAAAGCACUGCGUGCACAGUUAAAUAAAGAUGGUCAUGUUGAUGCUUUCCUUACAGCCGACAGUGAUGCAUUCCUCUUUGGGGCUAAUUGUGUUAUUAAAUGUCUUAGGCCCAAUUCAAAAGAACCAUUUGAAUGCUACAAUAUAUCGGAUAUUGAAGCUGGUCUUGGACUAAAGAGGAAACACUUGAUAGCCAUCUCUCUUUUGUUUGGGAAUGACCAUGACCUAAAUGGGGUGCAAGGGAUUGGUCUCAAUAAAGCACUUCGUUUUGUACGAGAGUUUAGUGAAGAUGAGAUAUUUGAUAAAUGAGAUCUCACCAAAGCCAUAACAGUCUCAUUGCACCUUCUGCGGACACCCAGGCAGUAAAAAGACUCAUUUUAAGUCUUCUUGUGAGUAUUGUAUCACUGAUAAUAAUGAAGGUUGCUCGAAAAAGUCUCAGGGGUUUAAGUGCAGCU